UUGCGUCAUCAUGCCUGUCAAAUCGGCGUCCUGUAAACAUUGAAAAACUAGACAUUCAAAACAAUUAAUUUUUAUUUUAGGAAAAAUCCGAAAUCAUCCCGUCUAAGGGUCAAUUUUUCGCGAAAAUUAACCGGAAAACCUAAAACGAACCCCUCGAAAUGUCCAUCGGCGUGCCAAUUAAGGUUUUACACGAAGCGGAGGGCCAUAUUGUGACCUGCGAAACUAUUACCGGCGAAGUUUACAGGGGGAAAUUAAUCGAGGCCGAGGAUAAUAUGAAUUGCCAAAUGACUCAAAUUACGGUAACUUAUAGGGACGGCAGAGUGGCCCAAUUGGAAAACGUUUACAUAAGGGGCUCGAAAAUUAGCUUUUUAAUAUUGCCGGAUAUGUUAAAGAACGCCCCGAUGUUUAAGAAGCAAACGAAGGCCGGGGUGGCAGGACGAGGAAAAUCUGGGAUACUUAGAGCACAAGUUGCAAGAGGUCGAGGUGGCAGAGGUGGUCCUCCUAUGCGAGGUAGAGGAGGUGCCCCCUGGCAAAAUCAACAAGGAGCUCCCGGUGGCAGGGGCAGAUAAUCAUAAGAUUGACUUUAUAUUAUGCUACAGUAUUUAAAGGCACUUUUUUUUUUGUAUAUACAGCUUUGUGAGAUGUGGAUAGUUUAGAUGCUAAUAUAGUAAAGGAUACUACUAUACAAAAUAACUGAUAGUUUGCAAAUGAUUGAUGUGUGCCAAAAGUUGCAAACUGCCAGUUUGGUUUGAUUUGAGUCGGAUGCAUUUUAAUUUAUAUUUUCAUUGUUUAGGAGUUAAUUGGUUAUAUUAUCAUACAUCUUAAAUGUAAGGUUCUGUACUUUUUUUAAUAAAUACACAUAUAUUAGUA